GACCUCACUGGGGGUGUGAACAGGACAUAGGUAAGGCAUGAGGAGGAAGCUAUAACUGGGGAAGAAGUUUCGGGGGCCAAUAGAAAAUGUAGGUAGACUUAGGGUUAAGUAGCAGCUGUUGGGAACUUGUCCUUGCCCAUAAGAUCUUGAAGGGCCAUCCGUUUUGACUAUCACCAGGCAGUUUGAAAUUAUUUCCUCUGUGUCAGCUAGCUAGAGGUGCUUGGGGUGCUGUGCCCAGCAAGACCCCCCCUCCCCAGAAGAGUAGGGGAGCCAAGUGGCCUAGAUCUACUGUGGACUACCUGUUUGCUUGCCUGUCAGCUUCUCUUCACCUCAUUCUCAUCACUGACAGCUGCCGUUGGCCUGGAAAUCAGAAACCCAUAUCCACCUAGAUGAUUGAUUUUGGGGAUGUGGCUUCAAUAAACCCAGAACUCUUACAGCUUCUUCCCUUACAUCCGAAGGAUAAUCUGCCCCUGCAGGAAGAUGUAACAGUCCAGAAACAAAAACGUAGAUCGGUCAACUCCAAAAUUCCUGCUCCAAAAGAAGGUCUUCGAAGCCGCUCUACUCGCAUGUCAACUGUCCCAGAGGUUUGCAUCACCACUCAGGAGAAUGACAUGGAGGUGGAGUUGCCUGCAUCUGCAAACUCCCGCAAGCAGUUUUCCGUUUCCACUGCUCCCCCCAGGCCCUCCUGCCCUGCAGUGGCUGAAAUACCAUUGACUAUGGUCAGUGAGGAAGAGCAAGUGCAUCCCAUUCGAGGCAGCUCUUCUGCAAACGCUGGGAACUCAGUUCGAAGAAAAUCAUGUCUUGUGAAGGAAAUGGAAAAAAUGAAGAACAAGCGGGAAGAGAAGAGGGCCCAGAACUCUGAAAUGAGAAUAAAGCGAGCCCAGGAGUAUGACAACAGUUUUCCAAACUGGGAAUUUGCCCGAAUGAUUAAAGAAUUUCGGGCUACUCUGGAAUGUCAUCCACUUACUAUGACUGAUCCUAUCGAAGAGCACAGGAUAUGCGUCUGUGUUAGGAAACGCCCACUGAACAAGCAAGAAUUGGCCAAGAAAGAAAUUGAUGUGAUUUCCAUUCCUAGCAAGUGUUUCCUCUUGGUACAUGAACCUAAAUUAAAAGUAGACUUAACGAAGUAUCUGGAGAACCAAGCGUUCUGCUUUGACUUUGCGUUUGAUGAAACAGCUUCAAAUGAAGUCGUCUACAGAUUCACAGCAAGACCACUGGUACAAACAAUAUUUGAAGGUGGAAAAGCAACUUGUUUUGCAUAUGGCCAGACAGGAAGUGGCAAGACACAUACUAUGGGUGGAGACCUCUCUGGGAAAGCUCAGAAUGCAUCCAAAGGGAUCUAUGCCAUGGCCUCCCGGGACGUCUUCCUGCUGAAGAAUCAGCCCCGCUACCGGAAACUGAGCCUGGAAGUCUAUGUGACAUUCUUCGAGAUCUACAACGGGAAGCUGUUUGACCUGCUCAACAAGAAGACCAAGCUGCGAGUUCUGGAGGACGGCAAGCAGCAGGUGCAGGUGGUGGGGCUGCAGGAGCACCUGGUUAACUCAGCUGAAGAUGUCAUCAAGAUGAUUGAUGUGGGCAGCGCCUGCAGAACCUCUGGGCAGACGUUUGCCAACUCCAACUCCUCCCGCUCCCAUGCCUGCUUCCAGAUUCUUCUUCGAGCCAAAGGGAGAAUGCAUGGCAAGUUCUCUUUGGUGGAUCUGGCAGGGAAUGAGCGUGGUGCGGACACUUCGAGUGCUGACCGGCAGACCCGCAUGGAGGGUGCAGAAAUCAACAAGAGUCUUCUGGCGCUGAAGGAGUGUAUCAGGGCCCUGGGACAGAACAAGGCUCACACCCCAUUCCGCGAGAGCAAGCUGACACAGGUGUUGAGGGACUCAUUUAUUGGGGAGAACUCAAGGACUUGUAUGAUUGCCAUGAUCUCACCAGGCAUAAGUUCCUGUGAAUAUACUUUAAACACACUGAGAUAUGCAGACAGGGUCAAGGAGCUGAGUCCCCACAGUGGACCCAGUGGAGAGCAGCCAAUUCAAAUGGAAACAGAAGACAUGGGAGCCAGCUCUAACGGGACCUCCAUGACAGGCAACUUCUCCAAGGAAGAGGAAGAGCUGUCUUCCCAGAUGUCCAGCUUUAAUGAAGCCAUGACUCAAAUCAGGGAGCUGGAGGAGAGGGCUGUGGAAGAGCUCAAGGAGAUUAUACAGCAAGGACCAGGCUGGCUUGAGCUUUCUGAGAUGACGGAGCAGCCAGAUUACGACCUGGAGACCUUUGUGAACAAAGCAGAAUUUGCCCUGGCACAGCAAGCUAAGCAUUUCUCAGCUCUGCGAGAUGUCAUCAAGGCCUUGCGCCUGGCCAUGCAGCUGGAAGAGCAAGCUAGCAAACAGAUAAGCAGCAAGAAACGGCCCCAGUGACAACUGCAAAUAAAGAUGUUUGGUUUCACCAGGCUCUUCCCUUCCCUCCCCUGUGAACUUUGGGCAGCUGGUGCAUCUAGUCAGGAUCUGAGCUGGGCAGGCUUCGGUAAAUGCGCCACAUUAAUGGGGCCACCUGGAUCUGGGGCAGCUGGGGAGGGGGUAAAAGUGACAUGAGACACUACUUUUCCUCAGUUGAUGCCCUUAAGGGAAAGGAGGAAGGAGCUUUUAGUUACCAUCUGUGUUGCCCUUCUAUCAAGAGGGGAGUGCUCACUCAUGCAGAGUUUCCCUUGGGCAGCUACCUGUGUGGACUGGCUGCUGGUGGAGGGCACUCUGCAUUGUUCUGGCUCUGGGGAGAAAGAAGCCUUUAGUCCAGCUCUCUGCUGGGUCUGGCCUGCCUUCUACCCCUUUGGUCUGAGCACUGAUAUGUCUUCUACUUAAAAAAAUGUUUUUGGGAUCUCUUCUUUCCUUGCUAUUUCUUGAGGCCCAUGAGGAUCCCUACUGUUUUCUGUUGUAUGUGUUUAUACAUUGUGUAUAAUAAAGAGGGGAAAAAUCAGUCUUUUGUAUGGUGUGUGG